GGUGGGAGGUGGAAGUCAGAGGAAGCAAACGCCAAAGAGACGAGAGAGAUACUGAACUGCCCAGAAGAGCGCGGGCUGACUCCCUCGAAAUAAUCCCUUUUUUAAUAUUCAACUUUCUCAAAACGUCUGCAGAAAUGAUGCAGAUGCCUGAGCUUCACAUCCCGAGGAACUCUCUGUUCACGGCCAUGAACCGCUUCAUCGGUGCCGUCAACAACAUGGACCAGACGGUAAUGGUGCCAAGCCUGUUGAGAGACGUGCCACUCGAAGAUGACAAGCGGCAGCGCCAGAGCCAAGAGCCUGGCAGCUACUUGCGGGACGCUGAGGCGGAUAUGUACACCUACUACACGCAGCUCAAGUCUAUCCGCAACGAAAUUGAAUGGGGCGUCGUCCGCGUUGAGGAGAAGAGGCCCAAGGAGAAAUCCUUUGUUGCUACGGAGACGCUGCACACAGAGCCUGAAAGCGAAGACGUGGAUUUGGAGCAGCUCUUGCAGUAUCAUCUCAAGGGGCUCCACUGCGUGCUGAACAAGCUCACCAGCCAAGCCAACAACCUGACAAACCGUUACAAGCAGGAGAUCGGCAUUGCAGGCUGGGGCCAGUGAGCCCGCGUGCUCUCGGUAGCGAAUAUGACCCAUUUCAGGGACUGCGAAAAAAUCGAACGUCUAAAGACUGACGUCUUGACAUUAAUUGCGAAAGGACUGUUCAAGUAUUUCAUGUGGUGUUGAUUUUAAUAUUAACCAAAACGGUCGUGGUUAUGUCACAUAUUUGCACAAUUUCCGUUCUGUAACAACUGAAAUGAUAUGUAUAAGCAUUGGUAUGCAGGUGGGACCUGUUGGAUUUUUAAACAUUCUCUUCCGAUGCUGAGAGUGGACAGAAGACUGCUUCUGGUCUUAUGAUGUUAGCGCUCUCUGACGACCUGUCAACGCUACGGAAUGAGUUUAAUAUAUCUUAUGAGUUUAAUAUAUUUAUUUUUUAUUGUUUAGGCAGAAAGUUAGUUUGAUAGAGAAGGCUUGGAUAAAUUCCAUACCAGUGAUCUGAAACUAACUGAAUCGAUGAACAGGAAUGCCUUGAUAUGCUCAAAUAUUGUGAGUUAUGAAGGGUUCCUUGAGACUCUGUUACCACUUUGUUGUUUGUUUGUCCAAAGAAUUUGACAUUAUUUUUAUACCUGAAAUUAUUUUAUUGUAAAAUAAAAAAACCUCUGUAAGAUGAGUGUUAAGCUUA